AUGACCAAAUUAUUCCCAGAUCAUUAUAAUAUCAUAAGGGAUCAACCACGAGACUUCAACAUUUGCGGAAAUUAUUCUCAUAAGCAACUAAGCUUAAAAGAUUAUCGACUUUAUCAAAUAAGCUGCGAAUUUAAAGAUGUGAUUAAUGAUCCGAGGAAAACACGUCUUCAUUUUAUGGGUUUCGAUACCAAACCGGAAGUGCACCAGGUACACAGUCAAAUGCACAUGAGAGAAGCGAAGCCAUACAAAUGUACGCAUUGCAUCAAAUCUUUCGCGAAUAGCUCGUACCUGUCGCAGCACAUGAGGAUACAUCUUGGUAUAAAGCCCUUUGGACCCUGUCAGUAUUGCGGUAAAAAGUUCACACAACUAUCACAUUUGCAACAACACAUCAGAACGCAUACUGGUGAAAAACCCUACAAAUGCAAAUUUCAAGGCUGCGAAAAGGCGUUUAGUCAGCUAUCAAAUUUGCAGUCACAUUCAAGAUGUCAUCAGUCCGACAAACCAUUUAAAUGCAAUAGCUGUUACAAAUGCUUCACGGAUGAACAGGCACUAUUGGAACAUAUACCGAAGCACAAGGAAUCGAAGCACUUAAAGGUACACAUCUGCCCAUAUUGCGGCAAAUCCUACACGCAGCAAACCUAUCUUGCAAAACAUAUGACCAAGCAUGCUGACAGGAGAAACAUAAGCAAUUUUAUGGAAGGCUUGGAAGGUUUGAAUGCAUGGAGAAAUGAAGCAGUUGCAGCAACAUCAGCGCCUACGAUGGCAGCUGCAGCACAUGGCAUUUCGGAUCUGGCUUCCGUGACACAACCACAGAUAGACUUUAGUCAUUUCAAUGCAGGAAUACCAGCUUCGGUGCUUUCGGCCGCCAAUCAGUCGGCCGCAGUAGUUGCGACCAGUUCUGUUACUAGUGCAGCGGCAGCAGCAUGUAGCUAUCCAAGUGCUGCUGCUUCAACAGCCACUGCAAAUCAGAUGAUGGUCAACGACCCCUCCGCGUUUCGUCUUAACAUGGCUGCUUUUGGCAGGACAUUAAGCACAAACAGAUCCUAUUUCCCUUUCGACAACACGGCAUUCAAGUCAGAAGCACCUAGGCCGGCAGGUUUCAAUAUGAUAACACCGCUGGAGAAAAUCCAAUGCUACACGCAGCAAACAUCCUCAACAUCCGCUGUUCAGGACCAGCAGUUCCAGAAUACGAUGCUCAAUUACAAUUAUUCAAACUACGACAGCAUUAUCACUCUACUUAAUCCAAUUAUUUGUCUGUACAAUCAUCCUCAACAAAACUCUUUCCGACCUGGACCAUACUUUCGAUUUUUCGACUUUGUAAAAAUAUUUGAAUUAGAAGUUUUGUCCUAA